UUCCUGACACUGUCAGUUGGGAGAAAUUUUUCUUAAUUUCAGUUUGUCAAAAAGCAAUGUGAAAAUUCUGCCAAUUUUUUUAAAAAGGCAGAAAUCGUAGAAAAUUUAUUAAUUCUUAGUAAAAUUUAGCAAAAUUUCCAACGAAAUGGCUGCUUACCGUACUUUUGGUAUUUUUUUAGCACGCCAAUCAGUUAAUUUUAAUAAUUCGCGUUUAAUUGUAAUACCACGUAAUCUGCGACUGAGGGAAUUCAAGACAAAUGCUGGUAAUAGUAAUGGCGGCGCCGGUAGAGGCAGUGGUAAUACUUUAAAGUUAGCAUUAUUGGGAACUACUGUGGGGGCUACCGGAGGCACCAUCUACUCAUUAAUCAACAAUUGGAAGGGCAAAGAUUCACACAAAGAACACGAGCGGACAUUGCCUAUCCGUAUAGCUCAGUUUCCAGCUGGUGUUAAGAUCACAAAACGUUACAUAAAUCCAAACGACAAAACGGGUUUAGAUAUCACGCUGUUUCAAUUUCAAACUUGUCCGUUUUGUUGUAAGGUAAGAGCAUUUUUGGAUUACAUGGGAAUAUCAUAUUCGGUAGUGGAAGUAGACGCUGUCCUGCGGCAAGAUAUAAAAUGGUCACCCCAGAAAAAAGUACCUAUGAUAUUGAUUAAACAAGCAAACGGGUCAUAUGUGCAAAUGACUGACUCCAGCGCCAUAAUAUCUCUACUAUCUACCUAUUUAAAUGAUAAAAGUAGUGAUAUAGGAGAAUUGGCAGAUUUUUAUCCAACCAUUUCGUUUUUCGACAAUGAUGAUAAAAAAAAACAUGAUAUUAUGAAUAAAUAUUUUCUUAUGUACCAAGAACGUACUCCAAAAACUCACACUAAAGAAACUGAACAAACUGAACGUAAAUGGCGAACUUGGGCGGAUCAACAUUUGGUUCAUUUGAUAUCACCUAAUUGUUAUCAAUCGUUGGGUGAAGCUUUCGAGACAUUUCAAUGGUUUUCUGAAGCUGGUGAAUGGGAUAUACAUUUUCCGAAAUGGGAACGCGACUUAAUGGUGUACGUUGGUGCUACUGCUAUGUGGACGAUAUCAAAAAUUCUGAAACGACGACACAAUUUAAGCGACGAUGUGCGUGGACAUAUAUAUGACGCCCUUAAUAAAUGGAUGAGGGAAGUGGAUAAAUGUAAAAGUAAAUUCUUGGGUGGGAAACAGCCUAAUUUAGGUGACUUAGCUGUUUAUGGCGUACUGAGCAGUAUGGAGGGUUGUCAAGCUUUCAAGGACUGCAUGGAGAAAACCAAAAUUAGUGGAUGGUAUUAUGAUGUCAAACAACUAGUGCAGCAAAACCGGGGUAAUUUAAUAAGAGAACGUAUUGAAGGCCAAGUACCGUCGUUACUGGCAAACGUAUCGAAUUAAUUAUUUUUAUUUGAUGUAUUUUGAAAAAUUAGGCUUAUAUAUUUUUAAAUGUUAAA